AUGCAAGGAGCAGACGGCAGCAGGGUGGCGAUCAUCGGGUCAGGGAUCUCAGGGCUGGCGGCAGCAUGGUUGAUGCAGAAGUCAGGGUGGAAGGUGACCUUGUAUGAGGCGGAGGACUACUUCGGAGGGCACACGCUCACAGACGAGACGAUCCCGGGAGUUCCUGUGGACCUUGGCUUCCAGGUGUUCAACAGGACGACGUACGGGCACUUCGAGCAGUUCCUGGAGGCUCUGGGAGUAGACAGUGAGGAGAGCGACAUGAGCUUCGCCCUGUCUGUGGACGACGGGAAGGUCGAGUGGGGUAGCCACAACCUGUCUACCAUCUUCGCGCAGCGUCGCAACUUAGUCAGCCCCAAGUUCCUGCUCAUGAUCCGAGACGUGCUGCGGUUCGGGAAGGAGGCGCCCAAGGUGCUGGUGGAGGAGCAGUACGCGGACAUGACGCUGGGAGAGUACCUGAAGAAGGAGGGGUACAGUGAAGGGUUCACCUACUGGUACCUCCUCCCGAUGUGUGCAGCGGUAUGGAGCGUGAGCAACAAGCAGUGCAUGGAGUUCUCGAUCCGAGUGAUGAUCCGCUUCUGGGUGAACCAUCACCUCCUCGAGCUCAUCGAGAGGCCCAAGUGGAGGGUCGUCAAGGACAGGAGCAGGAGCUACGUCAGGAAGGUCGUGGAGAUCCUUCAGGACGCUCGCAGCAGCUGUGCCGUCCGGUCGGUCGUGCGCAAGGGGGACAAGGUGGAGGUGCGUGACGAGCAGGGGAAGUGUGAGGAGUUCGACCACGUGAUCUUCGCCACCCACUCGGACGUGACGAUGAAGAUCUUGGGAGGAGACAUCAGCAAGGAGGAGGAAGCGAUUCUCAAGGGCAUCCCCUAUGCUGAGAACGACGUCUACCUCCACCGAGACCCCAGCCUGAUGCCGAGGGAGAGGAAAGUGUGGGCCUCCUGGAACUGCCUGGAUAUGACGGAGCUCAACAAGGAUGCUCCUUCCGACCGCGCCGUGUGCGUGAGCUACUGGGUCAACUCGCUACAGCGUCUGCCUGAGGGGACCGGCGAUCUGUUUGUGACUCUGAACCCUCCUCAUGCCCCAGCAGAGGAAAAGACCGUGAAGCAUCUCAAGCUCUCGCACCCCGUCUUCUCCGGCGCCUCCAAGAAGUCGCAGGAGACGCUCGACAAGAUCCAGGGCGUGAAGAGGACAUGGUUCUGCGGAGCCUGGUGCGGGUACGGCUUCCACGAGGAUGGCAUGAAGUCUGCGGUCAACGUGGUGGAGAAGAUGGGCGGAAUGAUCCCUUGGGUCCCUCGACCCACAUCUCCCUACAUGCCCCUCCUCACCCGCUUCGUCUGCUCCUCCGUCCACAGGUUCGCGGGCAGGGCGAUCAAGCGCGGUUCCCUUAGGCUGAUCAUGCCCAACGGGACGGAGGUGGUGUACGGGAACCCCGAGCAGAAGUACGUGGAGGAGGAGGGAGGGGACGAGAAGAAGGGGAGGAGGGAGGUGUACCACUCGCGCGUGAGGGUCUUCGACUGCAAGUUCUUUCACCGGAUCGCUAAGGAUACAGACAUCGGGCUGGGCGAGAGCUACAUGAACGGAGAGUUCGAGCCCGACGACCUGACCAACUUCCUAAACGUCCUCACGCAGAACGUCGAAGAGUUCAACUCGCUGCAGAAGAGCCUCGGGGUCCUCAACUGGAUCGGCACUCAGGUGCAGACGAUGGCGCAUAUGGCCAGGGCCAACACGGUGGAGGGUUCGCUCAAGAACAUCAACGAGCACUAUGACCUUGGCAACGACAUGUACAGGCUCUUCCUCGACGAGACCUGGAUGUACUCCUCCGGCGUCUUCAACAGCCCACAGGACACCCUCUACCAGUCCCAGCUCAACAAGCUGGACCUGAUCCUCGACAAGCUGGAACUCAACUCGGGCCAUCACAUCUUCGAGAUCGGCUGCGGCUGGGGAGGUUUCGCAAUCAGGGCGGUGGAGCGCUUCGGGUGCAGGGUAACGGGGAUCACGAUCAGUGAGGAACAGUUCAGCUACGCCACGGCCAAGGUGGAGGAGCGGGGCAUGAGCGACAGGAUCACCAUCCUCUUCUGCGACUACCGCAAGCUGCCGGCCGAGCUGCUGGGGAAGUUUGACAGGCUGGUAUCGAUCGAGAUGAUCGAGGCGGUGGGGCACGAGAACCUCGGGGAGUACUUCGGAGUGAUCGAGCAGCUGCUGGUGCCGGGAGGCAAGGCCGUCAUCCAGGCCAUCACAUACAAGGACGAGCACUACAUGGAGUACUGCCGCUGCUCUGACUUCAUCCGCCGCCAUAUCUUCCCUGGGGGCCACCUGCCGUCCAUGGGGGCGAUGCUGGGGGCGACGAGGAACUCUUCGCUCUUCUGCCAGCAUGUGGAAGACAUCGGCCUGCACUAUGCGCGGACCCUCAAGAUGUGGCACGAGAACUGGACGGGGGCGGAGGACAAGAUCAAGAAGCUGGGGUACUCGGACGAGUUCUACAGGAAGUGGAGGUUCUACUUCAGCUACUGCGAAGCUGGUUUCCAGCUGCAGUUCAUUCACAACUACCAGAUCGUGUGGUGCAAGUCGCCUGUCUCGCUGGCCAGGACCAGCCGCGCCGCCGCCUCCUCCUCCUCCCCCUUCUCGUUCUCUGCCCUGGACACCAACACGAUGAGCAUGGUGUGGUGCUUCGUGGCAGGGUUCGCAGGGGGCAAGUACAUCAACACCCUUUGGUUGGUUCCUAUCAUGUCCGUCUUGUUUCUCCUCCUCUCUCUUUCCUGUGGCUUCUUCUCCUCCAUGGCGGCUGGGCGGAUCUACACGGACCUCGACGAUGCGAAGCAGCGGCAGUGGGCGAGGAGCGUGGUGUCUGGGGUGUACAGCCUCUUGACUGUCCUCCUCCUCCUCGUCGGGUUCUUUGUCUCGAGCUUCAGCAACCCCUUCAGGAGCGACGCAGGGCAGGUCUGCAACCUCCUCCUCAGCAUGACCUGCGGCUUCAGCAUCUGGUCCCUCUUUGACGGCAUCAAGAACCGGGCCAACGUCCGCUCCUCUGCCAGGUCGGGCGUUGCUGGCAGCACCAUCGCCCUGUGCUGCGGCGUCAUCUGCCUAGCCAAGCAGCUGCUGGUCCCCUACAUCUGCCUCACCCUCCUCUCUGAAGUCCACUCCCUCCUCAUGCACGCCCUCGACAUCGCGCAGCUCGCCCUCCUCUCCUCUCCCUUGCUCGAGAAGCUCCACUGGGGAUCGCUCGGUCUGUUCAGGAUCGCAGGGCACGCGCUGCUCACAGUCAAGGUGUACUCGGAUCGCGGGAGCUUCCCCAACAGCCUCCUCUUCCUCGUCGCUCUCAGCGGCAUGCUGGUACUCAACGGGCUCAACCUUCGACUCCUUGUCGACCUUGUGCUUCAUCCCAUCGGCCAUCGUCUUGCUAGAAGCGCUCCUCCUGAAACUGCUCGAAAAGUCAAGAACGAGUAGGCGGUCAAGUAUAGAGGGUCUCAGUUUUCCUGUUGUUUCAUUGGGUACAAGUACAGUAAAGCUUUCAAAGCACAUCGACAGUUCCUCUCUGUGUCCUACUUUCUUGCUCAUCUUGCUGUGUAGAAUCCGCUGGACGAGCUUCGCGGGACGCUCACCGGCGGGUUGCUCACUAGCGGGUUGCUCACUAGCGGUUUGCUCCGCGU